UGGAGCAAACCAACAUGAAGUUAUUACAUGUUCUUUUCUUGGUUUUAUCUGCUGUAUUCUCUGCAAAAGGAGUUCAACAUGGAACUCUUCGCAUCGGCCAGACAAACCCAGACAAUUACUACUGUGAGACUAUCACCUUCCCAACAACCUUUACUGGAGUUGAUCCUGUCAAAGUCUUUACGUCAGUUGGAUUUGGCACGAGCUCAUCACGUGUACAUGACGUAGUGUUCACGUGGGUUGAGUCUGUCACUACAAGCAGUUUUAAAGUCUGUCUGGUAGAGAAUGGCGCUGGAUCAAGUGGUAAUGUGACUAUUAAUUGGAUGGCUUAUCAAGGCGUCCAGUCUGGUGUGACGGACGGAUCCGUCAAGUUGAACGACUGGACGACGGGAACGGAAUGCAAACAAGUUCUUCUUUUGCAGGCCUUCGCAAGUGUUCCCCACGUCUUCGUUACUGCACAUCACAAUGUGUUGAACAACAAGCAUGAUGCAGCUACAGUUUGGGUGGAAGGAAUCACCAAAAACGAUUUCAUUGUUUGUAUGAGAGAAGCAAGAACCUUUGAUGGACGCCAUAAGGACAUCGAUGUGACUUGGAUGGCAAUGAAUGAAGUUCCCCAAACAUGGAAUUAUCAUGACUUUAUCAGGGUAGACUUUCCAAACACUCUUGUACCAAGCGAGGCUGACAAUAAUGCGUUUUGCCAGGUCGUGAGCUUCAGCGAGCCGUACUAUGCUCCACCGACAAUUGUUGUUGCACCAAGUCAUCACUAUGACAGCAGUAAUGYCAAUGCCAUUCGUCCUGAAGACAACUCCAUUGCUGCCUGGGUUGAGGAAACUACACGAACACAAUUUAAGACAUGUGUUAAGGACCUUGUUGGCCUGAAGAACAAACAUCACCCUAUCGAGGUGGACUAUAUGGUGUUUGGAGAUCUUGAUCCAUGCAUCAACAAUACCUGUGAAUAUUUUGGUGUUUGUCAAGCCAUGUCAGCAAGUGUUGCUCAGUGUGUGUGCGUUACCCAGUGUCCAUCUUACCAAGAUCUCGUGUGUGCUUCCAAUGGUCGAACGUUCGAUAACAUGUGCGCUCUGGAAAGAGAAAUCUGUCAAACACAGGGAAACUAUUCGUAUUACCAUCCAGGCAGUUGCCAAGGUUUUCCUUUCGACAAAGGAACACAUCAUCUCAGCGAUGUUUCAGCCGAGUCUCAUUGUGAAGCUGUCUCUCUCCAGCCCUACGCAUUCUAUCCCGACAAACCCAUCCAUGUCCAAUUAACUGUCAACUACAUCAAUGCGUCACUUCCGGCUAAUGUCCAUGACGCAGCAGUCACGUGGUCUGAAAAGGUGAAUACAGACAACUUCACUGUGUGUAUGACCAAAACYGGAAGAAAUGAUCAGCCUACCAAUGACGUGGCAUCGGUUGAUUGGAUAGCGUAUCAGGGUUCACCAAACGGAGCGGUGACUGGRAARRARCGCAUUACACAAUGGUGGACUGGUACCAAAUGUACGACGUUAUCAUUACCGAGUGGUAAAUUCACGGGUACUCCCACGGUACUAGUCACUCUCGAGCACCAGAGAGAUGGACUCAAACACGAUGCUGCCAGUGUCUGGGUCGAGGACAUCAGCUCUUCAUCAUUUCAAGUUUGUAUUAGAGAGCUGCAGAACUUUGACGGAACACAUGAAGAAAUUGACUUGGAUUGGAUGGCAUUUGAAACGCUUCAUCUCCCACUGUUCUCUGAGCACGGCAGUGUUUACUUUGCAAAUACCCAAACUCCUCUAAAAUCUAACAACUAUGCAUUCUGUGAGGUAAGGUGUUCAUAUAUUUGUUUGUGUUGGUGAGUUUAUUAGAGCAAACGCAGGAAAACCAUGAGAUAUAAU